UGGAAAACGCCUGAGCCAGUUGUCUUAAACAUUCUCCACGUGCCAACCACCCGCCGGUUCUCCACACCGAGACCCAAGAAAUUCGAGCGCUCUCGCUCACUCUUCACCUCCUCCUCCAAUCUCUCCACUCUCUCCAAUGGCCGCCGCCUGCAACCUCGGAAACAUAAACUAGAUGACUAUUGAGCCCACAACCAGCAGUAAUGCCACCAAAAUCGCCGAGCUCGAGGUCGCCAACCUCGUCGCUCGGCAAGAGGUCGAGAAAUGGUGUAGAAACUGCUCAGCCCUCGAGGAGAAAGUUGCGAGGUUAGAAAGAGGACUGGAGUGUUUUAAGAGAAAGAGGGAUGAGAGAUCAAGAUAGGAUUAAAAGUUUAGUAGAGGAUUUGGGGAGGAAAGAUAGGGACUUUAGAGAGAAGUUUGUAGAGGUUGUUGGGUGGAGGAGGAAGUGUGAAGAGCUCGAGGGUGAGAUCUCUGGGCUUAAAGAGAAUGCAGAGAAGGUGUCUGAUAAAAUGCCCAAGAGAAGAAAAGGGAAUAGACUAGUGACUCCAGAGCAAAAGAGGAGUUGGGAGCUUGUAGUUCCCGAUAGUGAGAAUGAGGGUGAGGGUGAUGAUGGGGUUUUAUUAAAGAAAUUGCAGAAGAAGAGGGUUAGGGAAGUGGGUGAUGAGACCGAUAAGGGCGAUGAGAGCGAGGGGUCGAGUGAAGGAGACACCGAGGUGGAUGAAGUGCAAACUCUUUCAAUGCCUAUAAAUAUCAUGGAAGAGGUCCGACGCUUUUGGAUUUGGCUAACGUUUCUCUAUUGAUUUAUUUGAUUUGAUGCAAUUAAUUAAUCAUUUAGUUUAUUCCAUAACUAGGAUUUUGAAAAUAACUGUCACCAUUCAUAGUUGAUGUGCAGAUCUUCUAAGGAGGAGAAAGUGGUUUGAGGCUUUAGGAUUUGAUUAAUGUUUUUUCUAUUAAUUCAUUGAUUUUCAAUUAGUUAGUCAUUUAGUUUGUUUCAUAACUAGGUUUUUUGAAAAUAAUUCUCGUAAUUCAUAAUUGAUGUGUAAAAAUCU